AUGAGCAGCAAUUAUCAACCACUGGCAAAUACAGACCUUGGUCAUGAAAACGCUACACCUGCUGCAUCUUCGUCGCAUACCCUGUUGAUGAAUCAACAUUCUAAUGAUUCCCCUGUCAAUUUUGACAACGGUACAGAUACUAAUAUAACGCCCCCGCCCGAACCACCUUCAUAUGAAUUUGAUAUAGAGGAUCCUCAUAGCGAUCUUCACAAAAUAUCACAUUUACAGAGGGUAUCCAUCGGAUUUCAGGAGAAAAUCCUGGAACCUUUAAUGGAGAACAUUAUUCAUCCAUUUUUUCAGAUUUUAAGGUUUAUUCAAGAUAAGGCAGACUAUUACCUAAGUAAAAUUGGAAAUCCCUUCAUACUUCGAAGAUUCUUUUACAUUAUUUUAAUGUCAUUUGUUGCAUACUAUGUCCUAUCGAGUGGUUACUUGCUCAACGAAAAGGCGUCGGGAUCAAGAGGAAUGUUUUUUCAACACGAUAUACUUUUCCAAUAUGCCAAGAAAUCUGUGGAUUUGGCUAAAUUUGAGAGAGAUUUGGAAUACAUCAGUAGCAUGCCCCAUGCAUCCGGCACGAAGGGUGAUGCGGCGAUUGCUCGGUAUAUUCAGGACUCCUUUAACAAUAACGGGUUAAAAUUGGUUAAGGAGAUGGAAUACCCGGUUUAUUCUAAUUAUCCAGGUAAUGUAUCGAUUUCGUAUUAUGAUAACAAAAAUGAAAAACAUGAUUUGAAACUCUCCACAGAAAACUUUAAUCCAUUGAGCUCCAAUGGUGAACUGUCCAGAGUGAGCUUAAUUUAUGGAGGCAAGGGCACCACAAAAGAUUUACAAAAUCUAAAAGACUCAAAUACGAUAGAAGAUGGGAAAGACUAUGUGCUUUUAUUGAAAUAUGAUAAAAUAGUAAGUCAACAAGUACUAAUAGCCGAGAAAUUUGGCGCUAAAGCUAUAAUAUUCAUAUCUGAACCAUAUGGUAAAAAUAUAGACGUCGUUCAACCCAAACCUGUAGGCUUACCACAGUAUUCGACUGGUGAUGCACUUUCGCCAAGUUGGCUCAGCUCUGUUGAAGACCAAAAAAACGCCAAAUACUGGCGUUUAGCUCAUAUCCCCACCGUCCCAAUAUCCAGUAGACAGGGUCAAGAGCUAUUAUCCCAUUUAUUUUCAGGUGAUAGAACAGUUGAUGGUGAUAAAAACUAUGACAACAAUAAUGAGAACGUGGCUGAUGUCUUAGUCGAUUUGCUAUUGCAAACUAAUGUCAGAGAAAGGCAUUCAGUCUCUGACAUUGUUGGUAAGAUUGAAGGUAGGGAGCAGUCAGAUAAAGCGAUUAUAAUUGCUGCAUCGAGAAACUCUAUUAACUUUGGAACUAGUUAUCCCGACUUCGGUACAUCUGCAUUAUUAUCCAUAUUACAGUUAUUUCAAGAGCUAAAAUAUAAGUUUGAUUGGAAACCAUUGAGAAACAUUUACUUUAUUUCAUUUGGUGGUUCUGAGCUCAAUUAUGCUGGGUCUUCUGGGCUCAUUCAGCAAAGACUUAUGCCAUUAAAGGACGAAAUCUAUUCCUUGAUUGAUAUCAGUCAAUUAGGGAUACCGUUGGAUAACGAUGAUGAGAACGGAAAAACAAGAGGAAAGCUAAAUAUUGAGACACAUCCUUUAUUAAAGAAGUUUUUCAAAAGUAAGGACGGACAUCCAAACUUUGAUGUAUCUGUGGAAAGUGUUAGACAUUAUGGUGAUUGGACUCCAUUUCUGGCAAAUGGUAUUCCUGUGUCUGUGAUAUCCUCUGAUUCAGCGAGAAACCGCUUUCCUCCAAUUGAAACUUCUGAAGAUACGUUUGAACACUUUAGAGAUACUUUGGAAGAUGAACGAAACCAACAGGCUGUAAGCGAUUUGUUAAUAUUUCUUUUGCAUAUUUCCACAAAAUUGGUUGAUGACCCAUUAUUACCUUUCGAUAUAGUAAAUUAUGUUGAAGACAUUGAUGAACGAUUACAAAAGUUAGAGCAAGAAUAUUCUGGGAAAUUGAACUUUAUAUCAGUUAUUAAUGGUUUGUUAUUUUGGAAAAAAAUCGGUAACGAAUGGGCGUCGUGGACUCAAGGUUGGGAAAAUAUUGUAUGGUCACACGGAGAUGGUAUAGAACCCUCGCUACUUUCAAUUCACAGAUGGACAUGGAACAAGAAAUUGACCAAUAUUGGUAGAAGAACGUGCUCUCCAGCGGGUCUUCCGAAUAGAACAUUUUACAAAAACGUUUUAUUUGGACCCACACUGAUGCAGGAAGGAAGUUCUAAUAAUGAUGAGGGUGUGGACUUUUGGACUUUUCCUGGGGUAAAGGAUGCGAUUUAUGAUAACGAUUGGAACAGAGCACAAGAACAGGUUGAUCUCGUCGGUAAUAUACUUCAUCAGUCAGCUGCAUUAUUUGUCGAGGAGACUAAUGACAUCGGUUAUAAAUAA